AUGCUCCCUCAAUUCAAUGACAUGUCCAUCUCCAUCAAUGAUGACAAGAACCUCCUUAUAGUCUGUGUGGUCUACUGUGGUAAGUGGAAGGGUGUUGAGGUGGCAGUCAAGCAGUUCAUCAAGCAGAAGCUCAAUGAGCAGCGCAUGCUCAAGUUCCGCGCUGAGAUGGCCUUCCUGUUGGAGCUCCACCACCCCAACAUCGUCCUCUUCAUUGGGGGCGUCAAGAAGUGCUGGCACGCAUCGGCCAACAAGCGGCCCAAGAUGGAGGACGUGCUGGCCUUCCUUGACAAGCAAGUGGGCAAUGACACCGAUGGCCUGGUGGCCACCACCAGCCCCGUCUAG